AUGUCAGAGGAGAAGUUUGAUGCAUCCUUGGAUCUUCUUAGAAGAUUGGAUCCUCACUCAAUUGAAAAGAAUCUCACCAGCAUAUGCUCCUUGAUCACUGCAUCCAAAGAUUCCGACACGGAGCUAGUGGAAGAGUUGUUAUCGUCAGUUGACGUGCCUCUUUCCAUUGCUCAAUGUAAAGAGUCUGGUAAGGAGUACUUGUGCUGUGAUUAUAAUAGGGAUGGUGACAGCUACAGAUCCCCGUGGUCAAACAAAUAUUAUCCACAACCUGAAGAUGACGAGGAACAACCCCCACCAUACCCUUCACCAAUCUUGCGACAAUUAGAAGUCAAAGCCAAUGACGCGUUCGAUAUAUACAGAGACUUGUAUUACGAAGGCGCCGGUAUAUCAAGCGUUUACUUUUGGGACACUGCAGAAGAAGAAGAAGAUGAUGAGGAAGAUUUGUCGAAUGGAUUUGCCGGAGUGGUGUUGUUCAAAAAGGAAACCAGUGACCAAUCAGGAAAAUGGGAUUCCAUCCACGUGUUGGAGGUUAUACCUGAGACAAAAACAAGAUCCACUUACAAGUUGACCACAUCAGUGAUUUUAGACUUGCAACAUAAAUCUAAGAAUGGAUUGAGUUUGAGUGGAAAUUUGACGAGACAAUUGGAGUCAACUGUAACUGCAGACAUCGGCGGUGGGGUUAAUUUAGAAACUAGCCACUUGAUCAAUAUAGGAACAUUGAUUGAAAAAGCCGAAUACAACAUUAGAAAUGUUUUACAAGAGGUUUAUUUUGAUAAAUUGAAGGAUAUUAUGUUGAAAGACUUGAGAUCCGUCAAUGGUGGUUCUGGCAAAGAUGUAAAUGAAAACCAAAAGGAUAUAAUUAAAGGUUUACAAAGUUUAUAA